AUGGCUGAUCUGCCCGGAAGACUUGGGAAGUUGCCCUCGCCGUUUGCUCUGCACUCGGCACAUGCGUCUCAUUGGGAUAAUCUUGAGCGAGCACCCGUCGUACAGCCUCAUGCCGAACCUGUAAGGCAUACACGACAGCAUAGCGCCGAGGAGUGGGAGGCUAUGUACCCGCUCAUCAAGCGGCUGUACGUCACGGAGCAUCGCAGGCUCUGCGAGGUCAUGGAUAUCAUGGAGCAGAAGCAUGGUUUCAUAGCCACGAAACAAAUGUACAAGAAGCGGUUCACAGCCUGGAGCUUGUACAAAAACUACCGGCAGUUCUCAGAAACGAAAUCAGAUAAACAGCGCGUGGGACGUGGCAGCAGAAGCUCGGUGUCUUCUGCGAAGGAUAGGAGGUCCCGAGGAUCCAAUGCGCACCCGAUCCACAUCCCAGCCAAACCUUUCGGGGACGGCCCGGCAGAAGGCAUAAUCACCAGCUUGGUCGAAUGGACGAGUGCACAGCUGGCCGGAACGCAGUGGCACAAUGGGGUGGUGGACGUCAAACCACCACAGAUAUAUCCCAGCAGUCGAUGUUAUCGAGAUUUUUCGCUUGCCUCCGCGCUCUGGAAACGCGGCAAUGGCCACUUGGCAGGCAUGGCAGUGCGCAAGGCGUUCCGGCGAGUAGAGGACAUUCGAGACUUCGACCCAGGUAUUAUACGAAACAUCGUUGAUAUCAUUCUCGACAUGCUCCAAUCCAAGCAAACACUUCUGAUCAGGAUGCUUCUGGUACACUAUGCCAAGUUAUCUUCGAGGAUGCUCCCACGUGGACACCCGCUGGCUCGGUUUUUCCAGUAUCUGGCACUGUCCGAAGGCAAUCUCAUCAACACACUGAAGCAUACGACAUUCUGCUUUGGACAUAUCGCGAAUAGGAGGACGCGCCUUGAGCAAAAAUGGCUGUACGAGCAAUGGGCCUGGGACACUAGCAUUCUGGAUAUGGAUACCGAGUUAGGAACCGACCACUUCCGGCUAAAAGAAGUGUUGCGACUCCUGAUGUACAAGGUACGGCCCAAAGAGGUGGAGGGAAAGUUCCCACGCACCCAUCUCAAUAUGUGCAAAGACACGAGUUUGAUGUGGGAUUUUAGUGUUGGGCAGAACUGGCCGGGAGAACUCCUGAGCACGAUUGCAGGCCAGACUUGUGCUCCGACUGAAGGGAGCACCGCGACGACAUAUACACAGUCAACAAUGGACGAGAUGUCAGAGGCAUAUGUACAGAUAUACGCCAGGAAAGCAAAGGCGCAACAAGCAUUUGAUGAAGGUGACUGGGCAUCAGCCGAAGCUAGUAUGACCUCGGCGAUUCGAAUUUUGGAGACGGUACAUGGAGACAUGAGCCCGCGCGUCAUCAGGGAGCUCUGGUCAUUGGAGAAGGUGCUGCGCAAAGCUGGUCAAGCCAGAAAGGCUGAGACGGUGGGACGAGUCGCUAUUAGCCGUGUUGAGGAGUACCUGUCAGAUAUCGAACAGGUUGAAGUUCCUACCGCAGUUCGACCGGCAGCGGUGGCCAAGGCUCAGCCAAUUCCGGUUGAGAAUGAGUGCGAGUACGAAGUGCGCACAAAUUGUUCUGCCCGUUAA